AUGAGAUUUCCCUCCCCAACUAAACUGCUAUCUCUAUUAUUGUCAUUUGUAAUCAUAUGCAAUAUAGUAAAAUGUGAAGCAAAGGGUUCUUGCAACCAAAAUGACAAACAAAUACUUUUUUGUUUUAAGCAUGGACUCACUGAUCCAUCAGGCAUGCUGUCAACAUGGUCUAAGAAAGAUGAUUGUUGUGAAUGGAAAGGAGUUCGUUGUGACAUCAGUGGUAGAGUCACUGAUAUCAGCCUCCCUUGUUCCCCGGAAGAUGAUAUCAUUUUGGACAAUCAAAUUAACAAAGCACAUUGUUUGUCAGGUGAGUUGCAUAUUUCUAUAUUUGAGCUUGAAUUUUUGAGCUACUUGGAUUUGAGCGGUAAUUACUUCAAAGCUAUACACUUGCCCUUGGAUUGUCAAAACCUGUCCUUAGUUAACAGUCCUCAUAGAAGUGAAAACUUUUCCAAUGUUGUCCAUCUUGACUUGUUCGGAAAUGAGAAUCUUGUAGUUGCUGAUUUGAGAUGGCUUCUUCGUCUCUCAUCCUUAGAAUAUCUCAACUUGGAAUACACUAAUCUCCACAAACAAACUCAAUGGGUUCAAAUUAUAUAUGGGUAA